AUGCGUCGUCCUGCUUCGGACGAAACGCCCCCGUCGAAGAGGCGCAGGAAUAAGAAGCAGCGGAAGAAGAACAGCAAGCCGGACCACUCGCCGCAAUGCUCGCGCAAAUCGAAGACGCGCAUGUGGAUUCAGGGCGCCUUUAAAAAGCAACGCCCCAAGAAGAGCGCCGGCGAGAGUGGAAAGACGCUGACGAAAUCUGGGUCUGGCCGCAAAAAGAAGGGCUCAUCGGGCGGCACCGAGAGAUCGCAGUACUGUCAGCCCGCCAUGCCGGGUCCUGGACUCCCGAUCGCCCACACGCCCGAUGGGGAGAAGAGGCCGGAUAGGGCGGAGAGGGAUCGAGAGAAGGAGAGAGAACGGGAGAAGGAGAGAGAGCGAGAGAAAGAGAAGGAGAAGGAGCGUGAGCGAGACAAGGAGCGCGAGAAGGAGAAGGACAAAGACAAGGAGCGCGAGAAGGAGAAGGACAAAGACAAAGAGCGCGAGAAGGAGCGCGACAAGGAGCGCGACAAAGAGCUGAAGCGGAAGGAGGGCGACGAUGCGAUGCCGCGGAGGAGGGCUCGACUGUCGAAUGAUGCCGAAGAGUACUGCCAUUGCUUGAGAAUUCAAUAUACACAAAAUUUUUCGGCGACGCGAAAGCAGCGCGACGUGGAGGAGCGCGAGAAAAAGGAGAAGACCCUCGAGAAGGAGGCUGCCGAUCUGCGAAAAAAGAUUAGCCAGGGAACACACGAGCCGCGGCCCCGACGCGAGGUCAGCGAAGAGUGUCUCGACAAGAAAGACCUGCCUGCCAGCCCGGUGUCGACUGCGCGCGGCGCCGCGCCGAGGCUCGUUUCAAAACAAUUGUCGCAAGAGGCGCUGGUGGAGAAUGUGGUGGAUCGGCGGAACGGAUCGAGAGAAGUGGCCAAAGAUGGGGAUGAUGACAAGGCGAUUGGGCGGAGACAGAAAAAGGAAACGUCAAUCGACGACGAGUGUCAGCCGGUGGCCCGAAAGAAGAAGGUCGGAUCCCGGAAGAAGCAGCCGCCAAAGCAACAAGCCUACGAGGACCAGGCGGAACCGAUCCAAUCCACCGAAGAUAUUGUCAAGAAAUGGGCCCGCCUAUCCACCGAACAGCUCACCAUGGCACAGCGGCAGCCCGACACGACCGAUCUGUGGGAGCGCAAGGUGGACGACAUGGAAAAGUGCGAGGACCAGUACGAUUUCCGGGCCUGCGCCCGCAACACGGCCAUCAGCUACUUUCAAAUGAUGUGCAUGCCAGGAUAUUCGGAUGGCGUACGGCGCCGUAUCACCAAGGCCCUCAACGAUCAGAACUCGCCGAAAACCGAGCGAUCCGACGUCGAGACGGCCAACCUUGCUGAUGAGGAUUCCGACGAGCAGCGCGGCCUGAAAUUCCAGCGCACCGUCACGCGUAUCACCUUUAACGUGACGAAGCCGUCGGAGCAGAAGACGGACACGUUCAGCUACGAUGAGCAGCCGAUGACCAAGGCUUCGCGCGACAGCGGCACCGAGAAGAAGCGCUCGGCCCGAUCGCCCGGUCGCAAU